AUGGGCUCUCUAUUCACUCGAGACGACCAGGCGACACCUGUGACUCCAUUCACUAGCUAUACACCACGUGUUGCAAUCGUCACUGGGAGUGCACAAGGUAUUGGAUAUGCUAUAGCACACAGGCUUGCUGACGACGGUAUCGACGUCGCGGUGAAUGACCUUGUUUCAAAGCAAGAUCAGAUCGAUGCAGUCGUCGAUGAACUACGCAAGAAAGGUCGUUGUGCAAUUGCAGUUCCAGGGGACAUAUCAUCUGAGGCAGAUGUCAUUGCCAUUGUCGAGAAAACAGUCCAGGAGCUGGGAAGCGUGGAUAUUAUGGUUGCAAACGCAGCAAUUUCUCAACUUUGUUCAUUUCUUCAUACUAGCGUCGAGAGCUACGACAGUGUUCUUGGAGUUAAUGCUCGCGGCGUUUUCAUGUGUUUCAAAUAUGCCGCUGUGCAGAUGGUAAAGCAAGGUCGCGGCGGAAGGCUAAUAGGACAGCAAAACCUGGUUGCUUAUGUUGCUUCUAAGUUUGCUGUGCGUGGUAUAGUACAGACUGCAUCUAUUGAACUACGUAGACACGGCAUUACCGUAAACGCAUAUGCACCCGGGACCAUCCGUACGGGAGCCUGUAAGGCCUGCCUGACUAAUUUUUUCGCUGUCGCCGAUGUGAUCGGUCCGAUCGCAAAUGCACCGCUGGGGGAGCCAGAGGACAUUGCCAGCCUAAUUUCGUACUUGGCGAAACCCGAGUCUUUCUUCAUAAAUGGUAGUGUCGUUCAAUCAUCGCCAGUAAUCUCUGGAUGCUUAUAA